UGCUUUCAGCUAAGGCUAAUACUGGUUUCUUUUUUCAUACAAACCCAAAACCCUAAAAAUCACAGUCCUUUUUGAAAUCAUGUCCCGCGUCGCCUCCGACACCGUCGGCAAUGGCGCUCUGGUCCCAUUCUCCGAAGACACCAAAGACUCACUGGCGGUCUACCCUCUCCACCACGGCCUCGCCCCUCCAAUUUCCCGCAUUGCCAUCUCCUGGGCCCGCGGCAACUCCCUCCGCGUCUCCCUCUUCGCCGCUCCCUCUUCAGAACAUUCUCGAACCCCGCAGGAUCAUUCUGGAGGUAAGGUCCUCGAAGUUAAGCUUGGCGUCGGAGACCCGGAGAUUUCCGAUUCCCGUUGGCGCCAAAUCGCGUACGGCUCCGUUGCCCCCUUUGCCCUGCUCCAGAGUCGCCGGAGUGCACUUUCGGAAAUGAUCAAGUCUUCUUCGCCGUAUCAGAUGGAUUGGUGGGAGAAUGUGCUUGAGUAUAGCAAGGACAUAACUUCACUUCUCGGUGGACCAAAGUUGCCACCUGGUCCAAUAAUUGAAGAACGAACUGAUAUCGUUAAGAAACGUGAGGAGCCAACAUGUUUGAAAGCAGCAUGGGAGUUGUUGGAAAUAUUUUAUGCAGACAAGCAAUCUCAAGCAUGGUUACCUGAAAAGCUUGUUGAUUGGUUAGCUGAUUAUGACAGCCUCUUUUCAAGCACACAUGAAACAGUUUAUGGCAAGCUUGCUCGGUUUCAGAAGGAGCUUGUCAACAUACAGGUGCUUGAGGAUGACCCUAGAUAUUGGGAAGUGAUGUCAUCUGCACUCUCAGUUGGUUGGCUUGAUAUUGUGGUGAAAAUGCUGCGGUUGCAUGGAUCUUAUCAACUAGAUCAGCUUAGUAAUCGUGAGUUAGAGAAUGGGCUUGUGGAGGCAGUUGCUGUUCUUAUUUCCAAAAUGCCCCGCCUAUGUCAUGAAUCUACUAAUGGAAAAUUAGGUGAACUCUUUAAAUCCAAGCCUGACUUCAUCAAGGCCUGGGAAAAAUGGAGAUCUCAAAUUACAAAACUGGAUUGUAGUCCAUUCUGGAUUCAAUGUGAUAAUCAUCAUACACGUGAGGGAUUGAGAAACUUGCUACAAAUUAUGCUGGGCAACACUGAAAGUCUCUGCAUGGCUACAUGUUACUGGAUUGAGUUGUAUAUUUCUCAUUUUCUUUACAUCAGGCCAUUUACAACGGGAAUAGAAAGCAUGUAUAAUUUGGCACAAAAAUGCAUCCAACUGAAACCACCAUCAAGUAACCAUAAGUUGACUGGACUUAUAGUUGGAAUUCUUGAAGAAAAUACUGAGGUUGUUUUAGCAGAAUCUUCUAGAGAAUUUGGCCCUUGGAUGGUUGCACAUGCGAUCGAAUUGUUGACUGCAGGGAGUGAGCAAGCAGAGAUUGUUCUACAUGAUGAGCGUUAUAAUUUGGGGGGAAUCAGCAUGAUAGAACUACAUCGUCUUGUGUAUGCUCAAGUAUUAUCAUCACAUGCCUUGACCUGGCAAAUAGCUCCAAUAUAUUUGACAUCAUGCAUGAAGCAAGGAAUGGGCUUGUUAGAGAAUUUGUUGUACAGGCAAUCCAUUCAACAUAAUGACUUGUUGCUAAAGAACAUUGAGAUCUGCCGCUUGUAUGAGCUUGAUCAUAUUAGUUCCGAUAUCAUGAAGGUUGCUGGAGUAUAUCACUGGAAGCAUGGUCAUAAAGGUGCUGGUGUAUAUUGGCUUCAACGGUCCAAAGAUACUAGUCGUCUUAAUCGGAUUGCUCAACAAUUAUUUGAUUCUGUUGGAAAGUCAAUCUCUGAUGAAAGCUUUAAGCAAUGGGAAGGUCUAAUUGAAUUAUUGGGUUCUGAAUCCAAGCCUGCUGGGGGUCUUGAAUUUUUGCACAAGUAUAGGGAUUUCAAAAGAUCCCUACAGCAGAUAUAUGGUGGAAAGUCAACGGAUGCUGCCCGACAAGCAGUAGGCUCUCUCAUACUGCUGAUGAAAAAUCCAUCAACCCCUCAGCGCUUUUGGCUGCCGCUUCUGUAUGACUCGUUGCGCCCGCACUUCUCUGAACCUAACCUACCUGCCGAGGCACUGAGCUCUAUUAGGCUGGCUCUGGCAACAAAUCUCGGUCGUGCUAUACUUGAUGAAUAAGCUGACACUAAUUUAUCGAUGAGCGUCAAUAUCAUUGAACCCUCGGUCCCUCUCUUUAGCUUUCAGAAUGCAAAAGGUGGUGUUUGAAGUUGCUAAUUGCUAUGCUCCAUAAUUGUCACCUGCUGUAAAUUUGUAUGGACGAUUGGUUAGUUUGUACGAUUGAGCAAUAGCUGUAUUACUAUUAUCGCGAUAAUAUGAUAUAAAUAGAUUUCACACUUUUUACUUCUUUUGAAGUCCCGGCAUAUCACCAAAGAGUAUAAGCACUUUUAUUAUCACCGACACGGUGAGUUACUACUUAUCACUUUGAAUGGAGAUAUGGCCAAAGUUGCUAAUUGUGCAUC